AUGUGGCAAGUGCCUAUUUUAUCAGAAUUGAUCACAAGUACAGUGGUUGGAACAGCCGAAACGAUUCUGUCAGAAAGCAGUUAUCGUGGGAUUGGUCUAGAGGCAGUCGAACAAAUUUGGUCGGAUAUUCAAAAAAGCGAUUGGAUGAGUGAAACGAAUAUCGAUCGACUUCGCUCAGAACUGAUCAAAGCAAGGCGUAUUGAGAAAUCAUUUCAGAAGGCUAAAAAAGGAGAGUGUACUUUGAAAGAGUUGAAAGAGGUUGAAGAGGAUUGUAAAGGUUCGAUAUUCAUGAAUGAAUCUCAAUCACAUCACGAACUCUCUGAUACAUCGAGUCGUUUGGAAUCGUUUUGUGAACGUUUGAAGCAAAUGUUUGUGAACACACAUUCGUAUUACUCACUAGUCGAGAUACUGAUCGGUCGUGAUGAUCUGGCGACACUUAUCGAGGGUUCUCCUUUGCCACUGGGUAGAUUCUCGUCUCGCAGUCUUCGGGACGAAUUGCUUCAGUUGGAUCAGUUCGAAUCUGUUGAGCAAAUGACAAAUCACUUGAACUGUGUGUAUGAACAACAACAACGUUUAAUGACAGUGCUCCGAAGUGCGAAUGAAUCGCGAUCACUCAAACAAACCUGCAGUUGUAGUAGUGAUAAGGAUGAUCCUGAUGGUUCGAUCAGAUGCUUUUUGUGUCACUCAAAAUUUCACGCGAAUUGUAUUCAAUGGGAUCCAUCUCUAUCACACCUACCAGUCGGAUAUUAUUUAUGCGUCCGUUGUUUACGAAGUAAACGUCCGUUUAUCGAAGACGUUCGUUGUGCAUCGCAAACGGCACCGUUAUCGCUUGAGAAAACACUCGUUACGCACUUGCUGACCAGAUGUGCAAAUGAUUACAAACAAACUAUGGAUUUACUCAAUCAGAUUCAGUCCACUUCGAGUGUUACUGAUCAAGAUUUGUUAAAAAAACUAGAUUCGAGUUUGAUAUCAGUGCUGUGCGCUGAAAUGGUGGAUGUGGAUUCGUGGUCGAAUAUUGUAUCGGCCUUCAAAUUGCUUCAUGAGAUCAGUGACGACGAGCGAGUGACGUAUGAAAAGAUUCGAUUACGUCCGUGCGGCGUGAACGCAGAGCCACCGUUCAUCAUAUUCACGUUAGGUGUUAAUUUGAAGAAAACAAAGCGACGAAGUAGUACGUCGACAACAACAACCGCACAACGGCACCGUAAACGUGGUCGUAACAUCUAUCACAACGACAAAGAGCAGUGCUCGGCUGAAACUUGUCUCAAACCUUACAGUGAACAGGUGCGUUGGAUUCAGUGUGAAGCGGGUUGCUCGAGAUGGUAUCAUUACGUUUGUGUGGGUCAAUCGUAUCGUCUGCAUUUUGAGUCUUCUUUUUAUACGCUGAUUGUACAGCAAAUCGUUGUUAACAAUUUUCUGAUAGGCUUCAUCGCGAUUUGGAGCACUUUAAACCUGAGCAGUGCCAUUCAUUCAACUGAACUUAUCGAAUCGAUCUUAACGAAUAAUUUAUCGCCGCUAUUCGAAGUAAUUUAUCAGGUGUGA